AAACGAUUACGUAUUUCUAAAAAUAGAUUGCGCACAUGUCAUAAGAAAUCCUAAAAUCUGCCGACAUCAGUUUUUGUCUCUUUGCAGUCAGUAGAAGGAGGUAAAAUGUUGAACACAGACUUUAAAAUGGAUAUGGAGAUGUAUGAGGCGGACCCAGUGUUUAAAAAGGCGCGUGAAGAGUUGAGUGAACACGGCGUCUCGCCUACUCUCAUUAAGGACGUCCUAAAGAGUAAGAUACAGCUAAGGCGUGUCUCCGCGGGACAGGAGGAACUUAGAGUUGAAGAUAGACCAUCUUUAAAACAUCCAUUGACAGAAGAAGAACAAGAGAAAAAUGAAGCGAGAAAGAAGUGUAAUAGAGUAUCAGCCAAAAGAUGCAGGGAGAAGAAAAAACAGGAAAAUCAACAGAUCUUUGACAUGCUGAAAGACCAGGAACAAAGAAAUGAGGAUUUAAAACAAAAGAUAUCCGAAAUGGAAUCGGAAAAAUCUAAGAUGUUAAAGACCCUCAGUGAAAAGUACUCACAAUUAAAUGGAUAUAUAAUCACACCAGAGAAUGUAAUGGACAUUGUGAAUCUAGGAGUUCAGAGUGGAAUAGAAAUCUCAGAAACUACGAGUGAAAGUACUACCGCAAACACGCCAAAUGAUCAAAAUAAUCAGGAACAUUUGGACCAAUCUAACCAAGCGAUUCCAGCAACUACGCCGCCAAAUUCUGUAAAUAAUUCAGGUGAAAUGAAUUUUCAGACAAUGUUCGAUUUCACAACACAAACCGAAAAUGAUCUUGGUGUUCAACGGUCAGUCAACUCCACGCCGUUGGCAUCACGGGAAGAACAAUUUGAAACUGAAGACUUUUUGGCUUGCAUUCCAGAAGAACAUUCUGUGCAUUGUUGGGGUGAAUGGAAUGACUUAUGCAAUGAGUUCAGUUUUUAAGACGAAUAAAGAAAAUUGCUUCUUUUGGUUGAUUUUUUAAAGCAUUUAUUUGGUUCACAAAUGAACAACUUUUUCAUAUUGACAU